AUGGCAUACUCGCAUCCGCCCAAGGAACCUAUAGCCAUCAUCGGUACUGGAUGUCGAUUUCCUGGCAAUUCGACGUCCCCCUCAAAGCUAUGGGAACUGUUGCUCUCGCCCCGAGAACUCUCCAAGGAAAUCACGGCGGAGUCGCGCUUCAACGCCGAUGGCUUCUACCACCCAAAUGGCGAACACCACGGGUGUAGCAAUGUCACCAAGUCGUACCUCCUUGAAGAGGACCCGCGCUUCUUCGACUCCGGAUUCUUCAGCAUUGCUCCCCGCGAGGCUGAGGCCAUUGAUCCCCAACAGCGACUCCUGCUCGAGACGGUCUAUGAGGCUAUGGAAAAUGCUGGCCUCACGCUCCAGGGACUCAGAGGAAGCAUGACAUCUGCCUAUGUAGGCGCCAUGUCGGCUGAUUAUACGGAUACGCAACUACGGGAUCUCGAGAACUUUUCGCAGUACAUGAUCACAGGGACUUCGCGGGCGCUUCUCUCUAAUCGCCUAUCUUACUUCUUCGACUGGAGAGGCCCCUCUAUAUCUGUUGACACCGCAUGUUCUUCAAGUUUAGUGGCUGUCCAUCUCGGCGUUCAGAGCUUGCGAAACGGCGAGUGUACAAUCUCGUGUGUAGCCGGCUCCAACUUGAUCCUAGGGCCUGAUGCCUUUCUCGCGGCCACGAGUCUGCAUUUACUUUCUCCUUCCGGCAAGUCUCAGAUGUGGGACCAGUCUGCUGAUGGAUAUGCCCGAGGCGAAGGUAUUUGCGCUUUUUUCAUGAAGACGCUGUCUCAGGCUCUUCGAGACGGGGAUCGGAUAGAUGCACUGAUCCGCGAAACGUGCGUAAACUCGGAUGGCCGUACGAAGGGUAUCACGUUGCCGAGCGCUGAAGCGCAGGCAGCGUUGAUUCGGGCCACCUAUAGAAAUGCAGGACUCGACAUUUUGAGGUCCAUGGACCGACCCCAGUACAUUGAAGCUCAUGGAACCGGCACGCAGGCAGGCGAUCCCAGAGAGGCGUCCGCCCUCAGCCAAACGUUCUUUCCGCCUGGUCAAGAUCAUGACGACAAGCCCACCAUGAUCGUCGGGUCAGUCAAGACAAUAAUCGGUCACACCGAAGGGUGCGCUGGAAUCGCAGGGCUGUUGAAGGUAUUACUAGCCAUGCGGAAUAAGACCAUUCCGCCCAACCAACAUCUUCGUAAUCUCAACCCAAGUGUCAGACCUUUCUACCAGAAACUCCGCAUACCCACAACUCCACAAGAGUGGCCUCCAGUCCCUCCAGCUCAUCCGCUCCGCGCAAGCAUCAAUGGCUUCGGCUCUGGCGGCACCAACUGCCAUGCAGUUAUGGAAAGUUACGUUCCUGAAAUCCAUGAUCACGGGCCGUGGGGAAAGCCGGAGGCACUGCCCAAGGCUCUCACCCCCAUUUCUCCAGAUCUUGAUUUUACUCCGAUUCCUCUCAUCUUCUCGGCCACAUCUGAGUCAGCACUCGUCUCAAUGCUAGAGAAAUAUGCCCAGUAUAUGGAGAGAAAUAAUGUGUCCCUUCACCGGCUUGCCAUAACCCUCAACUCGCGCCGUUCCACUCUUCCGGUGAGGAUAGCUUUCCCCGCGACCUCAAAAAGAAAUUUACUUGAGGGAAUCAACAAACAGCUCUCCAAGGUCCGUAGGAACCCUGGUACUGAACUCGGCACUCGUUCAUCUGUCAUAGAAUUUAGUGAGAACAGACGCCCGCGGAUCCUGGGCGUGUUCACAGGACAGGGAGCGCAGUGGCCUGGUAUGGGACAAACCCUAUUCAAGAGGUGUGCACUGUUCAGAGAAACGAUCAAGAUGAUGGAAGAUUCGCUAGCACAGCUUCCCGAUCCACCAGAGUGGUCUCUCAAGGAGGAGCUCCUUGCACCGCCCGCCCAGUCGAGACUGGGCGAAGCCGAACUCUCCCUGCCUAUAUGUGCAGCGGUUCAAGUUGGACUUGUUCGCCUCCUGUCUCAAGCAGGGAUAACCUUCCACACUGUCGUCGGCCACUCAGGCGGUGAGAUUGGAGCUGCGUACGCUGCAGGCAAAAUUUCAGAAAAUGACGCGGUAAUGAUUGCGUAUUACCGCGGUGUCUAUGCGAAGUUGGCCAUUGGCGAAGAGGGCAGGAAGGGCGCGAUGAUUGCUGUGGGGUUCGGAUUUGAUGAAGGCAUCAAUUUCUGCUCAACUGCCCAGAUGAAAGGGCGCCUGACGGUAGCCGCCAGCAAUUCUCCCAAGAGUGUUACUCUUUCCGGCGAUGAAGACGCCAUCUUUGAGGCCAAGCGGAUACUUGAUAAUGAAGGCUUAUUCAAUCGCAUUCUCAAGGUAGAUACGGCCUACCAUUCGUCACAUAUGUAUCCCUGCGGACCGCCGUACCUCGCCGCCCUGGAGAGAUGCGAUAUUCCGGUGGGUGAAAGCAACGGAAUUACUGCUUGGGUGUCGAGCGUGUAUGAAGACAGCAGGAUAAUUACCCCCGAAGAGGACCCCGAUAUGAAGGCACUCUAUUGGAAAGAAAACUUGAUUGGAAGAGUCUUGUUUUCACAAGCGGUAGAGGGCGCUUUGGAUGAUGGUAGAGGAGCUCUUGAUCUCGCCCUCGAGGUUGGACCGCACCCCGCGCUGAGAGGACCAACACUUGAGACCAUCAGGAACAAGAUCGGCUCCGAAAUCCCUUAUUCUGGUGUUCUUGACCGGAGGUCUGAUGAUUUGACAGCCCUAAGUGCAGCCCUCGGCUUCGUUUGGACACAUCUAGGCCCUGAUUCUGUCGAUUUUAAUGGUUAUUCAUCUGCGUUCGAUGAAGGCUACAGACACAUAAACGCGGCUCCUUUACCGGAUCUCCCGACCUACCCCUGGGAUCACAAGGCUAUCUUAUGGCGGGAAUCUAGACUCAACAAACAGGUCCGAUCCAGAGCUGACCGUCCCCAUGAGCUACUCGGUAACAGAACUCCCGAUGAUACAGACUAUGAGCCUCGGUGGCGGAAUCUCUUCAAGCUCGACGAGAUACCUUGGCUGCGGGACCAUCGUAUCCAGAACCAGGUCAUCGUUCCUGCAGCUACAUACUGCGUCAUGGCCCUUGAGGCCGCCAGGGUUCUCUGCAGAGGACGGCAAGUGCUGAGCAUAGAGCUUUCUAACAUUGCAAUCCUACGGCCAAUCGUCUUAGAUGAGUCCUCGGAUGGAACCGAGACCUUGUUAUCUCUACGCAGUGAUCUUGACUCCACGAAACGCAAGAGUGAUCUUAUCGAGUCAGAGUUUACUCUCAGUUCUGGUACAGUAGAGGAUGGGCACAUGAGGACUGCUGUUACGGGGAAAAUACGCAUCUUCCUUUCAGGAGACCAAUCCAGCGACUCUGCCCUGUUCCCCUUGAGAGCGAGUGAACCACAAUCCGAACUGUUGUCGGUCAACGUCAACCAGUUCUACGAAACGCUAGAUGAGAUGGGAUUGGGCUACACCGGACCGUUCAGGGCUAUGACCUCCAUGGAGAGGCGGAUGGACAUGGCAUCCGCCGUCGUGAAGGUCGACGAGGAAGUCGGAAAGUCGAUCCCAGUUCACCCGACCUGGCUUGACGUCUGCUUCCAGACCUUCCUCGCUGCAUUCGGUGCGCCUCGAGACGGUUCUCUAUGGACGGCCUUCCUUCCCACAACAAUCGGCCGUAUGACGUUCUCCCCUAAGGCUAGAGUUUCUCCCGAAGGGCCAGCUUCGAUGAUUGUGGACGCACACCUUACCAACUUCACACCGGGGUUCCAGGCAACACUCCCGACGAUUACCGGCGAUAUGAGUAUCUACAACUCAGAAACCGGAAAAUUGGAGAUUCGCAUCGAAGAUUUCCGAUUGAGUUCCAUAGUUCCUGCUACGGAGAGAGACGAUAGGAUUCUCUACCUGAAGACGGCCUGGCAGCCUGACAUCCUCUCUGCACCCACGUUCGAAACUCAGCUUACCCCUCCCGACCAAGAGCUGAGACUUAUCGAUGCUUGUGAAAAGGCGAUCUACUACUAUCUGGCCAAACUGAAAGCAGAUAAAUCCUUCAACGAGGUCGCUGAGAAAACUCCAGGCUUGAUUAGUUUGGUCGAGGAGGCGGCGUCUCGUAGUCCAAGUGAGCCCACUAAAUCCGAGUUUGUUGCAAUCUUGGAUGAGUUUGGGGAGCACAUCGACAUGGAUCUAGUCCGUACAAUCGGCGAAAGCCUCCUGAAUAACUCGCAGGGGCCCACGCCCACCCCGGAUACUGCUCAAUCAUCAGGACCAUCCUUGAGUGAACUUGUGACUCGUUGGCACAACGAAGGACUUGGUUUUGCCCAACUUCGCAAGCACAUUGUGAGCGCAGCCAAACAGAUAUCGCACCGCUACCCGCGCCUGAGAAUCCUCCAAGUUGGCCCAUCUUCACCCAACUUGGUGCGAGGAGUAUGCCAGGAACUUGACCGUUCCUUAGGUUCAUACACCAUUGUGGAUGGAUCAGGGCAGGCUCUGGAAGAGCUCGCGGCAGCCUUAACAUCAGAUCAAUUGAGAGUCAACACCAAAGUCCUUGACGUUGAAAACGGCGCUGAGGAGGUGCGUGAUAUUGUUACACCCGGCUCUUUCGACCUGGUUAUUGUCCACAAGGCUUUUAGGAAGCAGACGACCGCCUUAAAGGCAAUCCGAAGUUUACUGCGGCCAGGCGGCUUUCUGCUCAUGAUGGCCGCAACAGGGAACCAGCUUCGAUUUCCCUUUUUCUUAUCAUCGGCUCCCCCAGUGAAUGAGGGAGAUGGGUCCAUGCAGCCUAAGUUGACGAACCCAACCCGCGAGCAAACCCAUGGAGUUCUCCGGAAGGCUGGAUUCUCAGGUAUUGAUUCCAUGGGACUUGACAACAUUUCGGAGAAGCACACAUUCUCUGUCGUCUUAUCGCAGGCGGUAGACGAUGAAAUAAACUUUCUGAGAGCUCCUCUUACUUCGGCGCUGCCCAUCUCCUCGCGUGAAAGGCUCCUCAUUCUGGGUGGUUCCUCGCCCAAGAUCGCAAAUCUCAUCAGAAGCAUACAGAACCGGCUAUCUCGCGUCUGGGACGGAGAGAUCACCGCUGUCAAUUGUUUAGACGGCCUGAAGAGUGAAGAAGACCUCAAGGCUGGAACUGUUCUCAGUCUGACUGAAUUGGACCGCCCUGUUCUGGAGCACCUAAGCGCUUCGAGUUUCGAAAAUCUUCAAUUGCUUCUUGAGAGGUGCAACCCAGUACUCUGGGUCACCCAGGGUGCGAGAUCCGAAAGCCCUUAUCAAAGUGGUACAAUUGGGUUAGGGAGGUCAUUUCAAUCCGAGAACCCACAGAAGAUCCUACAGUUCCUCGAUCUGGAUACCCUUGAUGGUAGCGAGUCAAUCAUUGCAGAGUGCCUGCUCCGACUUACUAGGGGCAUCGCAUUGAGAGACGACAGCGAAAAGAAGCUGCAUCUGUGGAGUACUGAACCUGAACUUGUUCUCGAAAAUGGACAGUUGCUCAUUCCAAGACUUGUGCCCGACUCGGAGCGAAAUCACCGCCUCAACUCUCUACGGCGAAAGGUAAAGACCCAGGCUCAUGUUUCGUCUCAACCCAUCACUCUAGUUCGCUCUUUGCAAAAUGCAGGUGAAGUUUCAUACGCGGCCGAAGAGGGACUCCAUUACCAUUCAAAUCUAGCAGAGUUUUCCAUCGGCUCAGACCAAAUUUCCCUGAUACUGGAGUACUGUUCUUUGAAUCCCGUCAUGCCCAACUACCACGACCAAGAACUCUUCUGCUGUAUUGGUCGUACGCAAGAAGGGACUCGAUUCCUAGCACUCUCGGCCUCCAACUCCUCAGCCAUCACAGUACCACGCGCCUGGACUAUCCGACUUGGCGAUGAGGAGCUGCAGGAGCAUCUUCCCAUGUUCGUUAGCUUGAUCAGCGAGAUUAGGGCUCAUGUCAUCGAGGCUUCAAUGUUACCCGGAUACACUACGCUGCUUUACGGAUCUGACGCACAUCUUGCUGCUUCUCUUGAGAGGCGUAACGCUAUCUCAAACAAGAACUUUGCGUUCAUCGACUUCGACUACCAGGCACGACCAGCUGGUGUUGGCCUUCUGGGGAAUCAUAUCGAGAUUGGACCGCACACUUCGAGGAGAGAACUGGAAUCAAUGAUACCCGAGAGAACAAGAUUGCUCAUCAACCUAAGACAUCAAACGGAUUCUCGUAUUCUCUCCGCUAUCCAACAGGCCCUCCCAGCGAAUGCUGCUGUUGUAUCUGUCGACAGCCUCGACGCCAACGGCCUCGUACCACAUGAAGUACUUUUCAAAGCUUUGAUUUCGGUGCAGAGUCUUCCCUCGCCAUCAUCGACACCACUUGACAGUACAAUCAUAGUCAAGGCCUCUAUGUUGGUCUUGGAUGGGGUCAAGCAACAUCCAAAUGUCGAAGUUGUUGACUGGGCAGGCGAUCAAAUUAUCACAUUGACCAAAAGACCCGUGAAUCCUCGCCACCUAUUCUCCCCAGACAAGACAUACAUUCUCGUUGGGCUGAGUGGGCAGAUUGGCCAGUCCAUGUGCCGCUGGAUGGUCGAAAAUGGUGCACGAAAUAUUGUGGUAACGAGUCGGAAUCCCGACAAGAACGCGCUUUGGAGAGAUGAGCUGGAAAGACAAGGCGCCAACAUUGCAAUUGAGGUAGCAGAUGUCACCAACAAGCAAGAUCUAGAGAAUCUCCGCACUCGCAUUCUCAACAAGAUGCCUGCUAUUGGCGGUGUGGCGAACGGUGCAAUGGUGUUGUCAGACAGAAUGUUUGCCGACAUGUCUUAUGAAAGUUUCCGGAAAGUACUAGCGCCCAAGGUUGACGGCUCGAAAAACUUGGACGAGGUUUUCUCUGCUGACAACCUUGACUUCUUCCUACUCUUCUCGUCCAUUUCUGCUGUGACUGGGCAGCGAAGUCAAGCCAACUAUGCAGCGGCGAAUAAUUUCAUGGUCGGUUUGGCUUCGCAGAGGCGAGCCCGGAAUCUCCCUGCAUCUGUCAUCGACAUCGGAAUGGUCAUCGGUGUUGGUGUCAUUCAGCGGACAGAAGGCGAAGAUGGUGUUAGCGCCUUGGAAACAAACCUACGAAAGCUAGACUAUAUGCCCGUUUCCGAGCGCGAUCUCCAUCACCUUUUGUCGGAAGCAAUAGUCCUCGAUAGGAGUGCCGAGUCCCCAGAGCUCGUGACAGGAUUGGAGACAUACAAUAUCUCUUCGCAAAAUCGCCCGUUCUGGCAUAAGAAUGCACGUUUCUCACAUCUCCUAGCUGACGAGAGUUCCUCGCAAACGGGUCAGAGUUCUGCGAGCAGCGUCCAAAAGACUUUGAAGGAAAGACUCGCGGAUUCCCCCGGACCGGAUGAAGCCCUCCAAAUUAUGGAGGGGGCUCUCCUGGCAUAUCUCAUCUCUGCCCUCAAGCUGUCUCCGGAUGGCGUCUACAGAGAUAUUCCCCUCAUCGAUCUCGGGAUUGACUCUUUGGUUGCGGUGGAAAUCCGUAAUUGGAUAUUUUCUGAAGCUGGCCACGAUGUCCCUGUCCUAAAGAUCCUGGGAGGAUCUUCGGUCCGGCAGAUAUGCGAUGAGGUAAUUUCAUCUCUUUCAUUCGAGGGAAGGCAGGUGGAGUCUCCUGAAGUCAAGGUUCAAGCUGCUCCGCUUCCAACUUCUCGAGACUGGAACAAGCCAACCCCGGACACCAAUAAGGGAGAAGAUACCUUGAGCUCGUCUGCCUCUUCUGGGCCAUCGCCUAAGUCCGAUCCUUUAAGAGAUGGUCAACUUACGCCAACAGAUAAUCUUUCGAACUCAUCCAUAUCUUCGGAGCCAUCGCCUAAGCCUGAUUCUAUUGAAGACGGCAAACUCUCCUCGCCUUCACACCCAGCCACUGCUCCGCAUGUGCUUGAGGAGAAGCCCCCUCGCCCAACUCCCUUUCGUACAGAGUCGAUGUCAUUGGGCCAGUCACGUCUCUACUUCUUGACCCAGUACUUAAAUGAUGAUACUGUAUUGAACUGCACCGCAUCUUAUGACCUCCAAGGAAAGCUCGAUGUCGUUAAGUUCGAAAAGGCCCUGCAGGCUGUGAUUCAACGUCACGAAACUCUCCGCACCAUCUUCUAUGGCAACGAGCAAGAUGGCCAACCGGUCCAAGGCAUCAUCGAGAAAUCCCUGUUUAAACUAACGAUAAUUCCCGGGGUCAGUGACACAACACAUGAUGUUAAGCGGGAGUUCGACCGCACUCAUGAAUAUCACUACGACUUGGAGAGGGGAGAUACCUUUAUCGCUACGCUCCUGACACACGGUGUUGAUGCCCAUACCGUCAUCUUUGGAUACCACCACAUCAUUAUGGAUGGCGUUAGUUGGCAGAUCUUCCAACAAGAUCUUGCCAAGUUUUACAACGAUCCGAGUUCAUCACUAUCAUCUUCUAAAUCUAAGCCAACCCAGUAUAUCGACUUCAUUUUAGAGCAGCAACGAGCCUUGUCCAACGGAGCAUAUACUGAAAGACUGAAGUUUUUCAAAAACGAGUUCGGCGAGCCCGUCAACCCGAUACCUCUCUUCCCGUUUGCCAAAGUCAGCACCCGCAAGUCCCUGAAGCAGUACAGGAUUCGAAAUGUUGUCACACACGUCAGUGCCGAGGUAGUGAGCGCGCUGAAGAAAGAAAGCCAGGCUUCUCGGACCACAUCGUUCCACUUUUUCCUUGCGGCUUUCCAAGUCCUACUUCGCCGGCUCCUGGAUACUGAGCAACUGUGCAUCGGCAUCGUGGACGCCAAUCGUUCCGACCAGAGUUUCGCCGACACAAUAGGAUUUUUCCUGGAAACCCUUCCCGUGGUUUUCCGUGUCGGGAACGACCAAAAGUUUAGUGAUGUGCUUCAGACUACCCGGACUAAGGCGUACACGGCACUUGCUCAGACCGGCGUUCCAAUCGAAGAGAUCCUGCAAGCCUGCAACAUCCCAGCGUCGAUGACCGAGACUCCGUUGUUCCAAGUGGUAUUCAACUACCGCAUGGGAGCAGGCCGGACAUCUCAGAUGCAAGGUGUGGAUAUGAGAUUCUUAGAAUAUGCUGACGCGAAGAACCCCUUCGAUCUUGUAGUAUCUGUUGACGAGCUGGAAGACGGCACGGCGAUGCUCACUUUCUCCCUACAAGACUACUUGUAUGACCAAGAAGGUGCAGAGUUACUCGUCAACACAUAUACUCACUUACUCGAUGUAUUAUCCAAAGACAUUACUCGGUCCGUUGGCAGCAUCCCCAUCUUUGACACGCCUUUGACACAGCUGGGUAUUACCCUUGGUACCGGACCCAUCGUGGAACUUGCACCCCAGUCGGCCGGUACUCUCUCCAAAAUCAUCAAUACUUGGGUCGACAAGGAUCCCGAGGCUCUUGCUGUUAAGGACAUUAGCGGAAAGACGAUGACCUAUUCACAACUGUCAGAAAGGGCUAGCGCAAUUUCGACAGUGCUAUCGAGUGCUGGAGCAGAAUCCUCAUCGCCAAUUUGUGUGCUACUCGACCCCAGCGUAGAUGCGAUUGCCACCAUCCUCGGGAUUCUUCGCUCUGGUGCAGUCUAUGUACCUCUCGAUGUCCGCAGCACCGACGAAAGACUCCGCGAUAUCCUAGAAGAGUCCGAUGUAGCCAUCUUGCUGCACCAUGCGGCGACUUCGAAACGGGCCGCGGAGCUUCACAGACUUUCCGGAAACGCUCAGAGAAUCAGCCUGAUCGACCUUGAUGUGGUGUCUCUCAACCUGACUCAAAAGGUUAACGAUACAUCAACUCUGGACAGCCUUGCCAUGAUCUUAUAUACCAGCGGCUCGACGGGCAAGCCAAAGGGAAUUCCGCUCACCAAUGGAAACAUCCGAACCACCAUCCUCGCCGUCUCUGAGAGAGUCCCACUCGGUCGGGAGGUCGUGCUCCAGCAGAGUGGACAAGGUUUCGACGCGGCCAUCUUCCAGAUUUUUAUUGCUCUCGCCAAUGGCGGCACGCUAAUAAUGGGCGAUAACCGCGGUGACCCAGCAGAAUUGGCUGCUCUGAUGGCCCGCGAGGGCGUCACUUGUACCGUGGUUAUUGUCUCGGAGAUGCAAUCAAUGUUGAAGUAUGGACACGAAGAACUCGCCGGUUGUUCGUCAUGGAGGAUUGCAAUGGUCGCUGGGGAGGCAUUCACGACAAACCUCCUCGACCAGUUCCGCAGUCUCAACCGGCCGCACUUGAAAAUCGUCAACGCGUAUGGCCCUACAGAAGCAUCCAUUUGCUCUUCCAUAAGCGAAGUAUCGUCUAGCGAUGUCAAGAGGGGUGAUUUCAGCAUUCCAAUCGGGAGAGCUCUCGCCAAUUAUGGCACUUAUAUCGUCGACGAGGAGUGCAUGCCUGUUCCUAUUGGAUGGCCCGGUCAAAUCGCCAUCAGUGGACCUGGAGUAACGAGCGGAUAUCUUAACCUGCCUCAGCUUACCGAGACCAAGUUCAUACAUCGAGGCUUUUCCAAUCAGGGUGCUCCGGGGUGGGAUAGGCUCUACCUCACAGGCGACAAAGGCCGAAUGUUGUCUGACGGCUCUAUUGUCGUGUACGGACGUAUGGACGGAGAUGACCAAGUAAAGAUCAGGGGCAUGCGAAUCCAGCUGGAUGAUGUCUCCAGAACCCUUGUCCAGGCAUCACGCGGCACCCUGGUGGACGCAGCCGUUCUAGGACGACGCGAUGGCUCCGGAAACCAGCGACUUGUGGCAUAUGUCGUGUUCUCUAGGGCCUGUCAAAUUGAUGACAAGCAAGCCUAUCUACGUCAACUCAACCACGAACUUCCGAUACCUCAAUAUAUGCGUCCAGUUAUCGCUAUUGCCCUGGAUGUACUCCCAGUAACGGAUAGGGGUAAGCUCGACAGCAGCAAGUUGGUGGCUCUGCCUUUGCCCCGGGUUUCUCUUGGCGAUGAGGAGACCAACGAGGAGCUCACUGAGCAAGAAGCGCGGUUGAGAGACGUCUGGAGGAGUCUCUUGGGUGAGGUCUCCUUGGCUAUCCCCAUCCGCCGCAGCUCCGACUUCUUCUCUGUCGGUGGCAACUCGCUACUUCUACUCCGGCUCAAGUCUGAAAUUCGUCGAGUAUGGGGGGUGGAGAUUCCCCUUUCGGAGCUCUUCCAAACCAGCACCCUCGAGCUCCUGGCCGCCCGACUCGCUGGCGAUUCCAAGCUCGUCCACAUCGACUGGGAGAAGGAAACUGAACCAGAUAACAAAACCUUCCUCGUAUCACCGCCUUCCGCGAAUGGACUCGAAUCUCCAACUCGGCGCCGAAAGGAGGAAGGUAUAUCCGUUCUCCUCACGGGAGCCACAGGAUUCUUGGGAACGGCUCUCCUACGCCAACUAGUUAACCUUCCCCAAGUCGCCCAUGUCCACUGCGCAGCCAUCCGUCCCGGCGUCCCAGGCGAACUUCGACAGUUGGGCGUAGAUUCGCCAAAGAUUGUUCGUCACUCCGGCGACCUCGCACUGCCCCAUCUCGGCAUGAGCCAAGAGGAGACAUCUGAUCUGUUCAACGAUGUGGACAUCAUUAUUCACAACGGAGCCGAAGUGUCACACAUGAAGAACUACCGCAGCCUAAGAGCCGCCAACUUUUUGUCUACGAUUGAACUAGCCCGUCUGGCUAUACCUCGCCGCAUCCCCAUCCACUACAUCUCCACAGGCGGUGUCGCACGCCUCAGCGGCGCCGCGGUGCAACCCGAGUCGUCUCUAGCGGCCUUCCAGCCGCCGGUUGACGGCUCAGACGGGUACGUAGCAUCCAAGUGGGCGAGUGAGGUGUUCCUCGAGAAAGUCCACCGGCGAUACCCAGGACAAAUCUGGAUUCAUCGGCCAAGCAGCAUCACGGGCGACAAUGUGCCCGACCUGGACGUUGUCCACAGCGUGCUGAAGUUCUCAAAGCUUAUGAAGGCCGUGCCUGACCUAACGGGCUCAUCGGGAGCCUUUGAUUUCAUCCAUGUCGAUACGGUAUCGAAUGAUAUUGCCCGGUGUGUUGUGGCGAGCAUAGACAGAAAGGUGAAAGCCUCCGACAACGCCUUGGUCUAUGUUCACCAGAGCGGGGAAACGAUUGUUCCCGUAGAUCAACUCAAGGAGUAUUUAGAAGGUUCGGCAGCCGGGUCAUUCAGAGUCUUGCCAUUGGAAGAAUGGGUUACUGGCGCGCUGCAGAGCGGCUUGGAUGAGGUUCUAGGAUCGUUCUUGUUGGCCUCUAAGGGAGUGAUCAGAGUGCCAUUGCUUCAAAGAAGAAAAGAGUAG